AUGCAAGAUAAGACUGCAAUCGUGUUUGUGCAUGGCUUUAAAGGCGGCGUGGAUACAUUCGGAAGUCUACCGCAAGAUAUGGAGUGUUGGCUGGGCAUGCAAACCGAGCUAGACAAAUACACCUCAACAGUGUAUCCUGCGUGGAAGACGUCUGGGAAGUUGGAAAUCGCAGUAGACAAUCUGCAAGCCUGGAUGGCAGAGCAACAACUGCAAAACCAGUACACGGCCUUCGUACUAGUCGCGCAUUCAAUGGGUGGACUUCUCGCCUGCGACGUGUACCUCAAGUCCCUCCGAGAAGGAAACAGACUGAACAUAAAGGCUGUUCUCAAUCUCGACUGUCCCAUGAUUGGCUUACACCCACAUGUAUUCGCUAAUACUACGAACGACUAUUACAACAAGUUUAACAAAGUCAAAGAUGUCGCAAGUGGCGCAUCGGUGCUGAUACCUUUUGUCGGUGCAUUGUGGGGCGCGAAUAAGUCUGAUAAAAGCGGUGCCGAACAGAGAGAUGAGCGAGAGAAAAAGGUUAAAGACAAGGAACACAAUGUACAACCUAACACAAACUACCUCAAACCGGCAGGCGCAGCUAUAGCAGCUAUAUCUGCAGUAGGCGCAGGUGCUUACUUUGGGAGAGAUAAGAUAUUAGAGGCGUAUCGAGCAGCAGCAGGUCUGACUACCGAUCACUUGCUCUUUUUGUCAAACUUGUGGAACACGCGCAGCCUCAAAGAGCGCCUGGAUAGCAUGUCUAAUGCACCUGUGGUAUUCAAAAACUACUAUACCCACCUUCCACAUCUCAAUGAUAGGACUUUUUGUCUCAUACCUGCUAAGCACAGCAGUUUCAUCAAGACUUCAAACUCCCUCGCCAACGAUGAGAUUAGCGCACAUAUUAACAUGUUCAACGCUUCUUCUAACAGCAGCUACCAUCAACUUCUCAAGCAUCUUGUCGAGGAUGCACUCUAA